AUGAGCACGGCACAACAGGUGUUUGCUCCUCAUUACCCAGCUCUCCCCUGCCUGGUGGAGACAACGACCAGACCGGGGCUGCCGUAUCCCUCUCACGCAGGGUGCUCCCUUGGGUGCCCGGGCUCAGUGCCCCCCAGGGGGGGGCGAGAUGGCCUGCCAGUCCUGUGUCACCUUCAGUAGCCUCAGCAGCUGUGACGGGGCAGCCUCAGGAUGGAGCACUGGACCAGACUCCCUGGGAUGGAAUGGCUGUGGAGGACCCAGCUUCAGCUCUCAAAGUCUCACCAGCUGUGGGUCAAGAGGCACCUUCCAGAAGGUGACUGUGAACCCCAGCCUCCUAGUGCCCCUGGACAUCAAGGUGGACCCCUCCAUCCAGCAACAGAAGAAUCAGGAAAAAGAAGAACUGAAGACACUCAACGAUAAAUUUGCCUCUUUGAUUGGAAAGGUGCAGUCCUUGGAGCAGCGGAACCAGCUGCUACAAACCCGAUGGAGUUUCCUGCAGGAGCAAGAAUCCACCUGCUUUGACUUCAGCCAUUUGUAUGAGGAGUACCUGAACCGCCUGCAGCAGGAGCUGAAAACAGUGAGCCAGGAGAGAAGUCAGCUUGAAGUUAACUUGACGCAGAUGCUGGAGAAGGUGGAAGAAUAUAAGAUCAAAUAUGAAGAAGAAAUCACCAAGCGGACAGACAUGGAAUUCACCUUUGUCCAGCUGAAGAAGGAUCUGGAUGCCGAGUGUCUUCGGAGGACAGAGCUGGAGGCCAAACUCCAAGGACUCCAGAGUUUUGUGGAGUUGAUGAAAGCCGUGUAUGAGCAGGAGCUGCAGGACCUGAUGGCCCAAGUCAAGGAUAUCUCAGUGACUGUAGGAAUGGACAGUCGCUGCCACAUCAACCUCAAUGACAUUGUGGAGGAAGUGAAGGCCCAGUAUGAUGCCAUUGCUGCCAAAAGUCUGGAGGAGGCUGAGGCAUUUUCCAGAAGCAGACUGGAGGAGAGGGCAGCUAGAUCUGCUGAGUUCGGGAGCAGCCUCCAAAGCAGCCGAAGUGAGAUCGCCGACUUGAACAUCCAAAUCCAGAAGCUAAGGUCCCAAAUCCUCUCUCUCAAGAGCCAUUGUCUCCACUUGGAAGAGAACAUCAAGGCGGCCGAGGAGCAGGGCGAGCUCGCCUUCCAGGAUGCCCGGGCCAAGUUGACCCAGCUGGAGGAGGCCCUGCAGCAGGCCAAGAAGGACAUGGCGGUCCAGUUGCGGGAGUACCAGGAGCUGAUGAACGUCAAGCUGGCCCUGGACAUCGAGAUCGCCACCUACAGGAAGCUGGUGGAAGGGGAGGAGUGCAGGAUGGACUUUCCUUCCUCUGCUGUCGUCAGUGCUGUCCAGUCUCGAUCCAGACCCGCUGCUUCCAAAACAGUCCCCUCCAGGACCCCCUCCCGACGAAGGAAGAACAAGGGUCCGGUGAUUAAGAUCACAGAGAUGUCUGAGAAGCUCAUCUCUCAGGAGUCUGAGGCCACUCAGUGAGGCAGCAGGGGCAAGGGGGUCCCCCCCGCCCAGCUAGCCCCUUCCCAGUAGGAAGUGUCUCAGAGAAGAUGCCUGGGUCUUUCUCCAAGCUGUCCACGCUUUUGGUGGGAGAAAGUGUCCAGAGAGGGUUCAUGAUGAUUCUCCUUCACUUUUAUACCUCCAGCAGUAUCACCGUUUUCUGGAGUUUCCACACUGGGCAGGGCCAUUUGCCCAGCUUCCAGGACGUGCUAACUGGACUUCAGGACCAAUCUUGCCUUUAUUACUUGUCACUUCUAGGACUUCCUCUGAUUCCCUCUCCCACCAUACAGUUUUCGUUUUAGGUUUGGGGAUCAGACUUAUCGUGUUUCCCUGCCCUGGACACACAUCUCAAAUCCCUGCUUCCCCACAGAAUUGAGUGAGCAAGCUUCUCAUUGCUCCUCCAUGUUGCCUAGCCUAAGUCUGUCCCUCAUCUGACACCUUCAAGGGAUGAGUGGAGAGAAGGAAGCUUGGGUGAGGACGAAAACCUUCUUCCUUCUUGCCAGCAUACUUGCUCCCUAAACACCUGACAGUAUUAAGAGUAGGCAGGGUGUGGAGAGUUCUAGGGGAGAAACUGGAUGUUCUUCUGAGUGGGACCAAGGAAUUAGCCUUGAGGCUCCUGGGCCAUGAUGACCCAACUCAGAUAUCCCAUCAUCCCUCCUUUUUUCCUUCUGCCCCGCAUGGGUCUCACACUCCCAGGGUCUUUGUUCAAACUUUAUCAUCCCCAGGAGAGAAAUAAUCCAUUGGCGUCUUCCUGAGCCAGCUUCCCAUCUUCUCAUCUGGGAAAUAUAUUCUUGCCAUUCAGUUGGACAGGGUUAGAAGAAGAACCCUUCUCCCAGCUAGUUCCAAGUUCUCAUGGAUGUUGUAACACUUAAACCUUGCCAUACACCCCUAGAGGGGACCAAACAGAAUCUCAUCUCACCUUAUUCAGGUGCAGCUACUAUGGGGUCUAACCAGGGCCCCUUCCUUGUUCUAGUGUCCCUGUGGCCCCCAUGCUCAGAAUUCCUGUUCUCUAGCUAUGUGCUCUGCCCCCAAAGGCACAUGUCUCAUAUCUCCAUAUAGCCUGUUCCCUCCCUAACCCCCAAAGAUAGAACCAGAAAUGCCUUGUAUACCCAAGGCUUAGUCAUUCAUGACUGGGUUUGCUGCCUUUGACCUUCUCCUGAGACUAACGUUCUACCUCUUUACCCAAUGCCUUCCUGCCUGCCUUCCCAUUUGGUGAUGAAGAAGGCUAACUUAGAGACCUUUGGAGCCCUGAGGGGAGAGGAUCUAAGAAUAGGCAGGUUCUCCUUUGCUCUCAUCCUCUACAGCUACCCUAAGGAGGGGACCCAAUUGGCGCAGAAAUGAAUGUCUUCAAGAAACCAAGAGAAAAACUUUUAUUCAAUACCUUAAAAAAGGCAUUUGGGUCCGUGACCUUCUAGCUCCUUUCCCCAGCUGAUUUCAGACUGCCCCCUCCUGCUCUCUUUUUUCCAGCCUGAAAUCUCUCAUCAAGCACAGAUGAGACCCACAACACACGCUCCUCCAACUUCUCCCAUCUCCUAGCCCCGCUUUUCCCUUUCUCUGUACUCUGGGGCUCCCUGAAGCUCCCAGCCCUGACCUUCAGCCCAGUUUUCAAGGCACCAACUGCCUAGACUGUCUCCUUCUUUAGUCUUAAUGUCCUUAGUACUCCAGGCUAUUAAGGGUAGUAGAAUGUCAUAUCAGGUGAGAAAUCAGGGGACACAAGCUCAAACACAUCUCCAAAGAGAUGCCCAGCACCUUCUCUAGGCCAAACAAAGCCACUAGCUGCUGUUUUUCAUGGUAUUUAUUGGUUUCUAAGGGUGUAAUAUGUCAAUGGGAUAUGAGAUACAUAGAAAUAUAUUUUUUUCAUAACUUAUGUGGCUCUUAACUUAUUGCCUCUCUUCCUCUGUCUACAUCAAUCACAACUGUAGACUGUCUGUGGACAGCUCCUGUCCUACACCUGUACCUCAUGGAAUGGGCUCUCCUAGGACAAUUCUCCUUCCUCUGCCUGGUGGGGUUCUGAAUAAAGUGUGCUAACAUCA